UCCUCUCCUCAAACCAAUCUCCUUUAAAGAAAACAUAUCCUUCUCCUCCAUCCUCCUUUCUCAUUCCUAGCUCAAUCUCAAUCAUGGCAAAUUCAGCAUCGGGUAUCGCGGUGGACGACGAGUGCAAGCUCAAGUUCUUGGAGCUGAAGGCUAGGAGGAACUACCGGUUCAUCGUGUUCAAGAUCGAUGAGGCGGCUCAGAAGGUCCUGAUCGACAAGCUGGGGAAGCCGGGGGAGACCUACGACGACUUCACCGCGUGCAUGCCGCACAAUGAGUGCCGGUACGCCGUGUUUGAUUUCGACUUCGUCACUAUCGAGAACUGCCAGAAGAGCAAGAUCAUCUUUGUUGCUUGGUCUCCAGACACAUCAAAGGUGAGGAGUAAGAUGGUGUACGCGAGCUCCAAGGAUAGGUUCAAGAGAGAGCUUGAUGGUAUUCAAGUUGAGUUGCAGGCUACUGAUCCAAGCGAGAUGAGCAUGGACAUCGUAAAAGAACGAGCCAUAUCGUAAAAUUUCAAGCCACACGAAAGCAGCGAGAAGGAGAAGAAAGCAGCAUCUCUUGUUGGAACAUCACAUUUUACUAGUUCAUUUGAUUAAUUUGGCCUGUAUUUUUAUCAUAGUGGACGCUUUCAGGUAAGUAGCUUAUGUUUAGCUUUGAUAUCAAGAUUGUGAUUGGUUCAAAGCAAGUUAGCAAUACUGUCACAAUGUGUAUUAAGUCUGUCUGUUGUUUUCUUUCUUUUCUUCUUGAGAGCAUGUACCCCCUUUUCCCCUCCUUUUCUCGAACAUAAUUGAAGGAUCAUGAAAUUAAAAUA